AUGAGAGCAAGGCGGGGCUAUACACGAGAUAUACUAACGCAGUACCUGAAAAAUACGGGAAAUAGUUGCCGCUCGGCCAUAAUGCAGAAACUCGGGCCGUGCGAUGAAUUGCGCGAAACACAACGAAAGUAUUUGUCUAUAUUGCGCUUGACUCGAGCCUUCAGCUCACACUUUAGGAACGUAGUUGUCACGCAACAUGCCUUAGCUGAUGCAUUUUCCGAUUUAUCACAAAAGAACCCUGAACUGCAAAAGGAAUUCACCUGCAAUUCGGAGACACAACGAAAUUUGACCAAAAACGGUGAACUGCUCCUAAAUGCACUCAAUUUUUUCAUUUCUUCUGUGAACACGUUGUGCAAUAAGACUAUCGAUGAUACUUUGUUAACGAUACGACAAUACGAGACAGCAAGAAUUGAAUUCGAUGCUUAUCGCAUGGAUUUAGAGAACUCCAAACCCGAAAUGACACAAACCGUGUGCUCAGUGGAGGAAGCACAGCGCAGUUAUGCGCAUCAUAAGGAGCUCUAUGAAAAGCUGCGUGCCGAUGUUGCCGUGAAAAUGCAAUUUCUUGACGAGAAUCGGAUCAAAGUGAUGCAUAAGCAGCUUAUUUUACUGCACAAUGCGAUUGCAGCUUAUUUCUCGGGUAAUGCCAUGGCACUGGAGAGUACUUUGAAACAGUUCAAUAUUAAAUUAAAAUCACCGAAUACUGUCACUGGUUCCUGGUUGGAACAGUAGUAGUGCUACAGACUGUAGUUACCCACAAUAAGAAGAAACACAUCCACACGCAAGCAUGGCAGCACAAUGGGCACAAUGUGUAAUGCAAACUGAAUGUCUCGAAUUUUCAUUUUUUCCAAAAAACAAUUCAAAGUUUGCAGUUUGCUGAACGAGCACGCUCUCUAAAAGUAAUAAUUCUUCGUAUCGUAACAAUAUUUAAUGCUAUCUAUACGUUAGGUCAACCCAUUAAUUCAUAAGCUAAAAUGUGGCGAAUAAUACCCAAAAUGUAUUAUGUACUAUGUUAUAUUAUGUAUGUAUGUUUUUUACUACGAAACUACUCACAUUUCCACGCUGCACAUGCGUACAUAUGUAAGCAUGUAUUUACAAUAGUUCCUUAUCUUUUAUUUAAAAUUUAUUUAAACAUCUAAUUUAACACAAUGCGCUUGCUUGUAAAAUUGACAGACCAAAAAGCGCUUAGUGCAAUAUUUUUCAUGUACACAAACUUAUGAGAAUCUUUAAGUUUAAAUAGUCGACACACAAUUUUAUCAUAACAAUGAAAUUUGUGUUUAUUUAUACAUAUGUAUUUCAUUGUUUACUAGUCAACAUAUUAUUUUAAU